AUGUCCAUGCACUCCGACGAUGACGACCUCAGCCCCAUACGCACGAACGGGAAUGGAACAAAUACACGCCUUCCCAAGGGCUUCGUCCUCGACGACGACGCCUUCUCGGACAACGACAUCGACGUCCCGGAGUUCUCCCCCGCGGCGAUCCGCGAAGAGCUCGCGAAGAGCAUGGCCCGCACUGGCGCCGCGGACGACCGCUGGGGCUCUGGGGCGGGCGUGGACUUGGAACUGGACACGAACAUGAACGACCUGGCGGCAAAGAUCGGGUACGCAGCGGACCCCGACGCCUCCGUCUCGACGUUCGACAUCGACGCGGAGCCCGAUUCACCACCCCGGCCAGCGCGGAUGGACUCCCUCGCGUCGAUGUACGACGUGCCCUUGUCGUCCGAGCCGUCGCAGGAGCGGUUCAGCGCGGACAACGUGCGCGCCGAGCCGCUGCAGGAGUGCGACGAGCCCGAGGAGAUCGCAGAGGCGGACGGAGGCGGCGGGUCCGACUACCCCGCCGUACAAAUCGACCUCUCCGGGCCCACGGCGCAGGCGACGGAGGUGGGCGCGCACGCCCGCGCCCGCUCGUCCGUGUCCUCGGCGGCGUCGCAGCCCCGCUCGGAAUCAGAGACACACGACCUCCCCCCGAUAUCCGUCUCGGCGAGGCACCAGCACGCGGCGUCGCAGCACGAGCUGCGCACCAAGCCCGCACCGCUCGACAUCAGCGGCUCCGGCGCAGCAGCGGGCGCGGCGGCGUCCGCCUCGACGUCCGCGCUCCCGCUCCCGUCGUCCUCGUCUCUACCCACGCCCACGGUGCCGCAGCCCCCGACGCCGACCUCCAUGGCGGCACGGCACCGGCCAACGCGCUCGGUGGGGCCGAGCAUGCUCGACAAGGUGAUCAGCAAGACGCGGCCGCCGCACCUGCCGCCGAAGCCGCGGACGGAGGACCGGAAGCACCUGCAGGACUGGGAGGAGAUGAUGCGGCGGAGCAGGGCGACGGAGGAAAAGCGAAGGAAAGCACUACGUGAGCGGCGGCUGGCGCGGGAGAAGAGGAUCGAGGACUCGAUUGGGCAGUGGGAGCGGGAGAUCGUACCGGACUGGACGGUCGUCCAUAGAAGCUCGCAUCUGCGACGAUUGUGGUGGCAGGGGAUCCCGACGAAGCUGCGCGCGUCGAUGUGGCAAGCAGCGAUCGGGAACCCGCUCGCGCUGAGCAAAGAUUCGUUCAAGACGUGUCUAUCGAGAGCAAAGAGAGCGUUAGCAUCGGGAUCCUUCCCGACGACGGUGCUCAACCUCUUGGAAAACGACAUCCGGACGACAUUACCAUCGGUCCACCUGUUUGCGCCCGAGACAGGACCGUUGUAUCAGGACCUGAGAGACAUGCUUUGCGCAUGGGUCGUUUCUCGGUCGGAUGAGGGGCUUGGAUACGUCGUUGGAGUGGCCAAGAUUGCGGCGAUGAUCCUCAUCAACAUGGCGCCGAUGCAAGGUUUCAUCGCGCUACGGAACCUGUUAGAGCGUCAUUGUCUUCGGUCUUUCUAUGGCGGUAUGUCGUCAAAAGACGAUGUAGAAGCAUACUACAGGAUAUUCGACACCUUGCUAGCAGAUGGAAUGCCCAAAAUCUACUUCAACUUCAAGCAGCAUCAAAUAUCACCAUCAUCGUACCUUCCGGAUUGGCUAGUGCCGCUAUUUAUCGAACAUUUACCGUUCGAGGCGUGUGCGCGAGUCUGGGACGUCGUCGUUCUCGAAGGAGACGCGUUCCUAUAUCGCGCCGCGCUAGCCGUCUUGGGGGUCCUGGAGCCUCGACUGUUCUUCCCGGACAAAAAGGAGCUUCUCGAACUGCUGAAGGGUGAGAAUAAAGCUGCGCUAGAAGUCGCGAGAAGGGAAGGCCGUGCGCUCAACAAUGGCAAGUACGAGAUGUACGGCGUCGACGAGGAGACGCUCUGGGAGCGGAUCAACAGCAUGGACGAGUGGUGGCGAGAGAGCACCUGGCAGAGGCUGAUCACGCGGGAGCUUCCUGACAUAUGA